UCCAGUUCCGUUUUGGCGCGACGCCUCUAACCUGCCCUCUGCGUGCUCGUUCUCAUGCGCACACCUGUGCUCGUGCCCGAGAACUAACAGGAGGAGCGGAGUUGAACGGAAAGUUGUGCCUUCGUCAGACAUGGAUGACGAAUCGAAAUCAAACUCAAUAUUCAGUUGGCCUAAUCCACCAACAAAGGAGCACCUGAAACCUCUUUCUGUCUACUCUCGGAUGGUCAUGUGUGACCAAAAGGACAGUCCUUGUUUACCAAAGGAGCCUGACAAUCCUUUUGUAAACUUAAAAAUUCAAAUAAUGAAUGAUUGUGGGAGAAAAAGGAAACUGCUUGAUGACAACAUGGGGGAUGACUACAGCAGUCCAUGUAAAAAGCAGAGUUGUUCCAAUGUUCUAUCCCCAGACCUCGGUUGCUUUAUGGACUACUCUAACUCUCUUACUAGGAACAAUUCAAUAUCCCCGUUUGCAGCCCCGUACCCUAAGCUUAAUGAAAAGACUCUAAGGAGUGAAAUUAAAGAAGCCGUUAGCUCUCGGGUGGACUUGGAGCAUGUUCAUUGCAGCUGCUCCAAAGAUGAGGUGGGGAUUGAGAAGAUCCUCAAAAAUAUGUCAUCUGUGUUUGACCAUGACGUUGAUGACAUCUUUUGCCUCAACCCACUGAAGCAGGAGGUGCAAAAGCCGACAAACGAGGAGGAAAAACUCGACAGCGCCGUUGUUGAGGAUGACAGAGGGUACGUUUCCUCGUUUCACCUCCAUGAAAAUGAGGAAUGCAAGACAGAAGGUCCACAUGAGCAACAGGGGCACAAACAAGCUUCAGUAUGUGGUCAGCACUUUUCUUUUUUAAUUAAAGACGGCAGUGAGACUGUGGGUGGACCGCUGCUGGGGCCCGUGAAAUGUGAUGGACAUUUUUUAGAGGAAGAAGAUGAGGUUUUGAAUAUUGGGCAGCCAAUAUUUGAGUCAUCUAUAUGCCAAUCAGCUGCAGCAGUUGAGCAGAAGAGUGGGACGUCCGAAGCUCUUAGGGAGCCUGUUCACAUCUCUCAGACCUACAACUCUGGAGACUUUACUGUGGACAGUCUGUAUGAAACCACGUUGCCCUUAGAGGUGCAGGUGAAAUCAAAGGUGGUGGUUCUGAAUCAGGUUGAGAGGAUCAGCAAACCAGAAUGGAAAGCAAGCUCUGCAGACCAAAACAGACUCAAAAUCUUUGACAACAGUAUGGAAUGGGAACGUCAGAAAAGACAGUACAUAUUUUCUGUCAGAAGUCACAUGAACGAGAAUCGAGGUGGAGCUCAAGGACUCAUGACUGAACUUCUGGACUUGAUGACACAUGUUGCCGGUCAGGCGGGUUCUAAUGGCUCCCAGUGGCAGCACCCCUCGGACCUCACGUGCAGAAAUUACCAGAAGCGGUUUGGGAAUGAGACGCCCACAAUGACCCUCAGCGAAUGGCAGGCCCAGAAUCAAACCCACUACAGGCGCUUUACCAAAGUCCCCAAAAUUUUCAAAAGAAGUCCAUUUCUUUGAACGAGCAUGUGAGGAAUAAAUGAUCAAGUUGUGUUGGCCUAACUUCUAACCCUGUAUAAUGUUAUAAAAUGAUAUAUCGA